AUGGAUCUACCUCCUUCUCACUCUCAUCAAUCUCAUCCUUCGUCAUUUCCCCAACAGGCGUCUUAUCCAUACUCGUACGGUCACGAUUCUUCUCCAGAAUCAUCCUCGGCUUCCCACCAGCGUGCAACUGCUGCCAAUACCACCGCCAACGCACACACGCAAUCACAUUCUCAGCACGACGAUACCUACGAUCUGUCAAAUUCAAUUCACGCGCCGCAACCGCUGUCGCAACAAGGAGGUCGUUUCACCGAGGAAUGGGGUGCAGCACCGCGCGGGCCUUCAGUCCUCCUUGAUUAUCCUUCACCAAGCGCAAACAUGCAGCGCAGCAAUUCGGUGCAUAGCUUCGUGACUGGUGAUGACCAGCAGCUCCCGGCUCGUCAGAACACGCUCAAGAAGAAGAGCUCUGUCCGCCGAAAUGGGAGUCUCAAGCGUAGUAGUAGCCGUCGCUCUAUGAGAGCUGGCAGCGUUAAGAGUCUUGCCUUACAAUCUUCAUCAGACCAUGAUGAGGCGCAUAGUGCCUUCUAUUGCCCAGUCCCUACGUCGGGCAAUCCUACCGAGACACUCUCGAACCGAUUCCAGAACUGGAGAAAGGUGCUCAAGGAUCUGAUCGCAUACUUUCGCGAAAUUCAAAAUCAUUACGAACAACGCUCCAAGUCGCUCCUCAAACUCGCCAACGUGGCCAACAAUAUCACUACCCCACCCGGUUUUCUUCAGUCAGCUGGAAUAGAUGAUGCGCUCCAAUUCUUACGAAUUUACAACAAGAAUGCUAUCCUCGAGGCCAAUAAGGCCAAAGAAAUUGAAGAGGAUGUUAUUCUUGCACUCACUGGAUUGAGGAGCGACCUCCAACAGAAGAUUAAGGAGAUCAAGAACCUUUCAGGCGACUUCAAGAACUCAGUCGAGAAGGAGAUGGACCAUACUCGCAAAGCUGUCAAGACGCUCAGCGAUAUCCUUGGCAGAAAUGAGUUGGAUGAAUCUUCAACCACUGGCAAGCAAGAUCCAUACCUACUGCGCCUGGCUGUCGACCGUCAAGUUGAGCGUCAGCUGGACGAGGAGAACUAUCUCCACCAAGCUUAUCUCAACCUGGAGAAUUCCGGGCGAGAGCUGGAAGCGAUUGUUGUUGGAGAGAUUCAGAAAGCCUACAACGCUUAUGCUGGCAUUCUUAAGCGGGAGGCUGACAAUUCCUAUAACGUCAUCGGCGAGCUUCGAGAUGGCCCUAUUGCCAUGCCCAAGGACCACGAAUGGACGCAUUUUGUGACUCACGAUGACAAGUUCGUUGACCCAAGCAUUCCGCUCAGGACACCGGACCAGAUUCAUUACCCCGGACAGGACCAUGAGGCAGCUCAGGAGAUUCGAGCCGGAUUGUUGGAGCGCAAGAGCAAAUACUUGAAGAGCUACACAGCCGGCUGGUAUGUACUUUCCGCUACGCAUCUCCACGAAUUCAAGUCAGCGGACAAGGCGCAAGCCCCUAUCAUGUCUCUUUAUCUUCCAGAACAGAAAGUAGGAUCCCACUCCAACGAAGGAGGCUCUUCGAACAAGUUCAUCCUUAAGGGUCGCCAAACUGGCGGCAUGCACCGCGGACACACUUGGGUCUUCCGUGCCGAAAGUCAUGACACCAUGAUGGCUUGGUACGAGGACAUCAAGGCUCUCACCGAGAAGACUGCCGAGGAGCGAAGUCAGUUUGUUCGAAGCCAUUCUAGAAGCCUUAGCCGAUCAUCCCGACGAUCAGUUAGUAGCGAUGGACUGGUCGACGAGGAGGACGAGGAGCCCUUCACAGCCGAUACUGAAUCAUUUACCAAUCCGGGACCAAGACAACAUGAGGCAACUCCCCGGCGAUCUCAAGCAGGUGGGCGGUUCCCAUCUGAUAUCCAAGUCAAUGCGCAACGUGGCUUACAGGCCCCUCAUUCGCCUUCUAGUGUAAGCUCUGGCUUCCAGGACAACAGGGACCCCGCUGUACCACCGAUUGUCACGGGUGCCCUUUCUGGUCUGGCCGCUGGAGAAUCGGAGCAGGGCAGGGACGACCAUCCGGGCUAUGGGACUGUUCACCAGACGCCCAUGGAUGAGAUGCCCUCGCAUGCUGCAAUCGCAAGCCAAAAGGCCCAUUACGACGGUGUUAACCCUUAUACGAGCGAGCCAGUCAAUCAGACUCCCGUUGAGCCGGUCCCCCUCCACCAACAGCAGCAACAGCAACAGCUAUACCAGUCACAGUAUGAAUCGCAGCAGCCUGUGCAGCUGUCAGACUACGUCGAUCAACACCAAGACCAAACCUUUGUUCCUGUUGUGAUCCCCCAGGGUAAGGAUGAGCGCGAUGGCAAUUUUGCCAAUAGUGAACAACGCCACUUUGAUGAGCAGCCUAACAAUCAUACUAUGGAGCCACGAGAGGAGCCAUAUGGUGGAUAUACAAUCAGUGGAGCUAGCCAUGAGGCAUCGAGCUAUGAGCAGCCUUCAUAUCCUCAGGCGUCAUAUGACAAUCAGCCCAAUCACAGCUAUGCCAAUGGCGAUGCUAAGGGCAACAGUUACACAAUGACAACUGUGGGAGAGGGCUUUCCUAGACUUGAUGGUGGAGCAACUGAAGAGCGACGACCAUCGACUCGAGGAGGCGAAUCAGUCUAUACCGAGCGUGACUCUGUUCUUCUCCAGACUGACGAUGAAGAUGAGAAGUCUGUCCCAAUCCGGCCAUCCGGUAACAACCGGACUGAGAGUCAUAACACCAUCUCAAACCUGCAUAUUCCCGGCGGUUACCCCAAGAGUACUCAAGCAUAG